AUGGCAGCAAGUUCAAGUAGAAAACGGAAGGUCGUUGAUGAACACAGAUUAUUUCAAGAUAAAUGGACGAAUUUAUAUCUUUUCGUCUGUGUCGGGGAAAAACCCAUUUGCCUCGUAUGUAAUGAAUCAGUUUCUGUGGUGAAAGAAUACAAUAUCAAGCGUCAUUAUGAGUCAAAACAUUCUAGUAAGUUUGCACAUCUUCAAGGACAAUUACGAAUUGAUAAGGUGGAGACUCUGAAGAAACAACUUAAAAAACAACAGAAUUCUUUUCACAAACAAAAUGAAGAUAGUGAAGCAAGUGUAAGAGUUAGCUACAUAAUUUCGGAGAAAAUUGCUAAGAAGUCAAAACCAUUUACCGACGGUGAAUUCAUAAAAGAAUGUAUGGAGGCCGCAGCGGAAGUUUUAUGUCCCUCGCAAAAACAACUUUUUUCCAAAAUAAGUCUCUCCGGCGUUACAGUCGCAAGGAGGGUAGAAGAAUUGGCUAAUGAUAUCGAACGAUCAUUAAAGGAACGCGUGUCGCAAUUUGUUUAUUACUCCAUUGCACUCGACGAAAGUACCGACAUAACUGACACCGCUCAACUGGCAGUGUUCAUUCGCGGCAUUGACGUUAAUUUUGUCGUUACCGAAGAAAUGGCUGCUCUUUUUCCUAUGAAAGGUAGUACAAGAGGAUGUGAUGUGUUGGAAUCGUUCAAUUCCGUCAUAGAUAGAUAUGGACUCAAAUUAUCAAAUUUGGCUGGAAUUUGCACAGACGGCGCACCAUCUAUGGUUGGAAAAAACGAAGGACUUGUUGCUUUAAUAAAGAAAAAUAAUCCCGAUGUCUCUUUAAUACAGUACCACUGUAUCAUACAUCAAGAGAAUUUAAGUGCUAAGUCAGUUAAUAUUCAAGACGUUAUGAGUAUUGUGGUAAAAACCGUUAACUUCAUCAAAUCUCGAGGUCUUAACCACAGGCAAUUUCAGGAGUUUUUAAAAGAACAAGACGCCGAAUAUGGUGACAUUACCUAUUUCUGUGAUGUUCGUUGGCUUAGCAGGGGAAAAAUGUUAAAAAGGGUGUUCGAUUUGCGAAAAGAAAUUGCAGCAUUUAUGCUUAAUAAGGAUAAAGCUAUUCCACAGUUUGGUGAUGAAGCAUGGCUAAGUGAUUUUGGAUUUCUUGUUGAUAUAACAGCACAUCUCAAUGAUUUAAAUAAGAAAUUGCAAGGAAAAGAUAAUAUGGUUCAUGAACUAUUUGACGCUUUAAAAGCGUUUGAAGUGAAGUUGGAGUUGUGGAUCAAUCAGUUAAAAAAUAAUAUGACCACGCAUUUUCCACAUUUAUCGUCAUGUCGAAUUCUCAACAUGGACAAAUAUAUUACCGCGCUGCUGGAUCUGAAAACACAAUUCGAGUCGCGUUUUACCGAUUUCCGAAAACAUGAAAAAAGCUUGAAUUUGUUUGCUCGCCCAUUCAAUGUUUCUGUCGAAGAUGUCCCUGAUGAUGUUCAGAUGGAGUUGAUAGAAUUACAAUGCAACUCUUCUUUGAAAGACAAAUUCAACUUAGUAUUGUUCGAGUUCUAUUCAAAAUACAUCACUACUACACAUUUUCCUAAGAUAAGAGACCAUGCACUGAAAAUGACAUCUCUGUUUGGUACCACAUACCUGUGCGAGCAGUUAUUUUCUCGGAUGAAAAACGUUAAGUCGAAGACAAGGAGUAGAAUCACCGAUAUUCACCUAGAAAACAGUUUGAGGAUUUCAACGACCACCAUAGGGACUGAUAUUGAUAAGCUAGUUAAGAAUAAACAAUGUCAAUCGUCUCAUUGA